UGAUCUGUGAUGGUGAACGCCCCACAAUCGUCAUGGCCUGCAACCGGCAUGCCCUCUGCCGUGCAUGCUUCAGAGCUGUUGGACACCAAGUGGCGAGCUUGUCGGAACCCUCGGGGGAAACUUCAGGCGCCUUUCAAUUUGGGGACUCGGCUACUCCCCGCACAAGAAGUAUAUAGAUCAUGGGAAAGGCUGGAGAAAGUCGGGUCGCAGGAGGUAGGGUCUCAUGGGACAGGUGGUGACGUUCAGAGUAUUUACUGUAUGUUUGCACAUUUGCAUAUUUGAGAGGGGUGCAUUUUAAGAGGGGAACACAUAACAUACAUAGCAAGGGAGGAGAGUCGUGAGGAGGACACACAGACAGACAUAGCCAAGCCAAGCCAAGCCAAGCCAACGGGAGUCGGCAGAGAUUCUUUCUAAUUUAUAUGAUUGGUUUUCGACCGUUCAGUUUUGGCAUAGAUGAUAGAGGAGGCCUGAGAUAUACCAAGAGUGCUGUGUUUUCUCUCGCUUCCCCUCCCCCCCGGCCCCUCUCGUGCUUAUGGAUUUUUUUAAAUAUAUAUAUAUAUAUAUAUAAGAGAAGAGACGCCGGUUCCUUGUCGGUGAUUUUCUCCCGUCCCGGGGAGGGCACCAGGUGGGUGAAACCUUUUUGAGAGGAGGGGGUAAAACCCUUUUUUCUUUGUUUGAGAGGGGUGGGUGGGUCAGUUUGACUAGUUGUCCCAGCGAGAAGAUGGAAYGGGAACGGCCAAGUGUGCACUUGCAGGUCCCCACGGUGUGGCAUCGUGUGCCAGCUGUGCUGCUUAUUUUUCAGCUUCUUCUUGCCGGUCCCGGGCAGCGAUGGGUCUGUGCUCAAGUUGGCGAGGUCACCGUGGGGAUGAACUAUGGCCGUGUCUCGCAUCAGGUUCUGAAGGCAUCCUUUGCCGUGGACCUGAUGCAAAGGCUCGGUAUCAAGAAGGUCAAACUCUUCAAUGCUGACGAGGUGGUCCUUCAGGCCAUGGCGAAAGGGAGCGGCUUCAGGGAGGUGAUGGUCACCGUCACGAAUCAGGAGAUGACGGACGUGUCAGCGUCCCAGGAGAUGGCGAACGAUUGGGUGCAACACAACGUGGCCCGGUACGUCAAGUCGAAUCUGGUUCCGAUCACGUGUGUGGCUGUCGGAAACGAACCGUUCCUCGAGGAGUACUAUGAGCAGUUCAAAGAUGUGGUGUACCCCGCGCUGAGAAACAUCGUGACCGCUUUGGACGAGCAGGAUCUGCUGAAAACGGUCAAAGUGACGGUGCCCAUGAAUGCGGACGUAGUCAACAACACCGACGAUCCGAUAAAUGGGCAGUUCAAAGAUAGUGUGCGGAUGACUCAGAUAUGCGAGCUGUUGGCCCGAACGAAAUCCUUCUUCACCGUGAACAUUUACCCAUUCUACAUGUACAAGGACGACCCUAGGAUUCCGUUGAACCUCGUCAUGUUCCAGGGGGCGGUGGGGGGGUACCAGAGUCUGCUUGACAGAGCGUACGAUGGAGUCGUUGCUGCGCUUCAGAAAAUCAACUACCAAGACAUGAAGGUGGUCUUGGGAGAAGUGGGCUGGCCGACCGACGGGCACGAGUUUGCGACCAAUGACAUGGCUCGCCGCUUUAACAGCGCCUGCAUCAAACAUCUUGCCGCGGCGCAGGGGACCUUGUUGCGUCCGCGGCAACAGAUCGACGCGUACAUGUUCUCGCUGUUUGACGAAGAUGCCAAAUCUAUACUGCCCGGCCCGUUUGAGCGCCACUGGGGGAUCUAUGAUUAUGCCGGCAGGCCCAAGUAUCCCCUCGAUUUCACCGGCCACUCGGAUGGGGAGAGUGCGCAGCUUCCACUCGCACGGAGUCAAAUCGAGUUUCUGCGAAACCGGUGGUGCAUCGCCCCGAAGCCCUACGAACUCCCCGAUCCGAAUGCAACCAGAGACAAAGUCGAGACCCAGUUCUGCCCCCAGGAUGAACGCAACGCCACAGUGGCGUCCGACUGCAGCAGCACUGUUCAAAACGCUUCGUGCUAUUUCGGCGGCGACACUCGGCGAAUUCUGAACGUCUGGAUGAACUACAGAUAUCAGCUGGCGGAGCAGGACGAAAAAAUGUGUGUAGUGGAUGGGGUGAAAGGACAGAUCAUCGACUCAGAUCCUUCAGAGGUAAAUUGCUCAUUCAUGUUGGCGCUCAGUGAUUCCAUGCUGGAUAAAAAUGCAGCAGCAGCAGAUCAGAUCAGCCGUUGUGCCAGUUUUCUGUUUUGUGCAAUCACGCUCAUCUGGUCUAUGCUUACUGCUUCUGCAGUACUUCCGCUUCCUUAAUUGCUCUCCCUGCUUUUUCACAAGGAGAACAGCUGUGGUGAAUGAACGACAGAGGAGCCUGAAUCAAUGGCAGCUGCGUGA